CUUCUGGGGAGGUGAAAUUAAAUCUUUUUCGAAUCUAUUUUCAAGCCACAGAUCUAUAUAAGGAAUCAAUUCGCUCCGAUUCUGGAAGUAUUCAAUAAUGGGGCUAUCGUCCACUACUACUGGCAGUGAAGGAUUUCAAUUUUGUGUAUUUGAUCUAAGAAGGGGACAACAUGAAGGACAGGAGCUUGACAAGAUUUUAUUCUUUUUUCCUGCUGAUUUGCCCUUCUCCACGCGACUUUCUGUAAUUGGGCUUAGCGAAGGACUUAUCACCUUUACAAGAAUUUUCUCUCCUGAAGCUGCCUGUGAGGUCAUUGAAGCAGAGAGGCACUCCCAUGUUUUCUAUCAGGCAGAGCCAGAUAUCUGGAUGGUGAUGAUUGUCGAGAAAAAUAAGGAGGCAGAAGCCAUUUGGCGGAUUGAUGCAUUACAACAAGUUCUUAAAGAAGUAUACUCCCUUUUUAUGAUGUUUCAUGGAUCUAUACGAGCUUUACUUGAGAAAGAACCUGGUGGUGGACUUGCUCGUUCUCAUUUGUAUUUUUUUGUCAUGGAUUAUUUAACUGAUUUUCUUGCUGGGAAGAAACUUCAGUUACCAUCUUUUCGUGACUGUUUAAAGGAACGCGGAACUGUUCAAAUGUUGACUGUGGGGCGGGAGGCUGCAAUUGAAGUUCAGUCACUUGUUAGGGUAGUGGAAUCUGCAUGUGCUGGGAAUACUGCUUGUAACUCUCUGGUCUUGUUUCAAGACCUGCUGGUGUCCACGACGCUUUCUUCUUAUUGUUUGCAGGAUGAUACAGUAAACCUUUUCACUUAUGCGAUUCUAAGGCUGACACCAUUUGCACUAUCCUCUGGAAGUAGUUCAUGGUCCUAUUUGCGAAAGGGAAGCACGCCCUCUCUCAUUGCCACAGGAUCUAUCUCUCCAAACUUGGGUUCUGUUAUAGAACAAACUCACACCUCACGUGAUACUUCCCCUGGUGGGCAGGGUCAAAGAUAUCAUGUUCCAAGGCCCUUGCAACGUGACAAGUGGUCUAAAGGGAAGGACGGUUUCCUCGUUAUUGAGACAUCAGGUGCAGAAGUUGGUAGUUUAAAUUCUUCAAGUCCAACAGUGUGGCUCCGGCAGUCGGAUGAAAGAAUGUAUCUUUGUAUUUUCCAGCAGAAGAACCUCACCAUAAUCCUUCUCAUUCCUGUUAGCUCUAUGAUUAAUGGAGAGCAGGGAAUUUCCAUGGUGAAGCGACAAAUUCUUGAAAAUGCUUCAAUGAAGAUCUUGAAAGUUGAUGAAAAGCUAUCAAGAGGAUGGGGUGGUGAAAAUGCUUAUCAUGUCCGUGGAUAUCGCUACCUGUUGUUUGAUGGUGACCAAAACAUAUCAAGGGCUUCUCCACCAGGAAAAGUUACUACUCUGUCAAAGGUUGGUCAAUGGCUCCUUUGUAACUUCAGACAGGAUUGCCAUAAUUUUAUUUGCAAUGAGUUGCAUGAUUUGUGGAGUAGUGGAAAAUUGGAAAAGGACUCUCUCCUUUCCCUUAAUAAGUUGAGAGAAGAAGUUGAUAUAGAGAAGAGGAGAGCAAGACAUGACGACCCCAGUCAUGAGAAAGAGUUGGAAGUGUGCAUUAGAGCGAAAAACAAUGCAUGGGUUAUUGCUAGGGUUACGAGGGGGAAAGAACUUUAUAUGGUCCUUGAAAAGGCCGAUGAAACACUUCUUUAUGCCUCCGAUGCAGUUGAGAAGUUCAGCAACAGCUGGCUUGGGGCUUAUUUUUCUGUAGACUCAUGGUAUCAAGUAUCGAUAUAUGUAUUGACCGUACCAGUCCAAUACAUAUCAGAUUUUGGGCUUAGGAAACGAUGCAGAAAUGCAACAUGGAGGAAACAUGGAAGGGCCAAUAGAUGGGGCUGUAUUGACCUACGUGCUCUACUAUGAAAGAAAAGAAAAACAAGGGAAUGGAGAGAGAGGGCGCUCACCUCUAUUAUUGCUUGAAACCAUGUAGAAAGACAGAUAAGAAGAAACCCUUUUACAGUUUGGUCUAUUGAAAAUUUUACCCUCCUUUCAUUCUUAUUGCUUUGUGCUUCCAUGUAGAUAGAUCCAUUCCGAAAGCCACUGAUUUGGAAUCUUCAAUUAUGGUUAUUGUUUGCUAUGCUUUUUUUUUUUAAGAGCAAUUUUUUUUCCGUGUCAGCCCUUGAUUGCUUAGUUUAAUAGGCAUAAACCAUGACAUAUGUGUUCAUUAUUGAAGAAAUCAAAUUUAAAAAAAAUUGGGCCAGUUAUUUUUGUAUGGGCACGUGAAUCCUGCACUGGCCAUCAAGGAAGCCCUUCUUCGGUGGUUCAAAUAUUUGUCAUGUGACGGCUCAGGUGGGGCCUAAAUUUUUUUGGACAAGUAGACCCCAAGUUCACUUGCUCACAUAUAUCAUUCGUUUGUUUUUUGAAAUGUAAUGAAUCUUCAAAGCUUUAUACUACCAUAUGGCAACUUUUAUUCAGUUCAAAAUUUACAGGUAAUCAUGGUAUAAUGAGGCAUACUUGUACACAAGAUUUGAGCCCUAAUUGAUCUGCCAUGUGGCGGAUAGUGAUCCUACCACCUUACAUCCUAUGGUCAGACCUAGUUAUAGCUAUUUAUGGUGUAGUAUGCUUCAAAUAGUUGUUUGCAUGUACCCUAAGCUUAUCCAUGUGUAUCCUUUGUGCACCUUGUGUCUCUGAACAUCUCUUAAAACUACCCUUGCAUUAUGUUGACCGAUUCCAAUAUAACACAUAACCUAGACUGUGUAUUGGGCAGUUAAUCCUUUGUCAGAUGCAACAUUUUCUACUGCCAUUUUGUUUCUUUCUCUUCCAUGUAUUGGGUAGCUUUGUUAAUAAAAUUGCUAUUUAUUGAAAACGAUCUCCAAAGGAAUUAUUUACAGUUGGUUC